AUGAGUACCUCAGAGGUUAUUGUAACGGAUGGGGCUCUAGGGUACACAAAUUUGCUUGAUGCUUCCCUAGAUGCUCUCUAUUGGGCACUUGAGAAGGUAGGGGCACCAAAUGUUGAGAUUGUUGUGGCUGAAACAGGGUGGCCAUCAGAAGGAGAAGGACAUGAUCAAGCAACUAUCGAUAAUGCCAGAACAUAUAACAGCAAUUUGAUCAAGCAUGGGCAAUUUGGAACACCAAAGAGACCAGGAAAGGGAUUGGAGGCAUACAUAUUUGCUUUGUUCAAUGAAGAUCUCAAGCCUAAGGGGUCUGAGUCUCAUUGGGGAUUGUUUUAUCCAGACAUGAGUGAAGUUUACCAUGUUGAUUUCUAA